CAGCACUCCCAUUGACGUCAACUGGCAAGGCAAACCCACAUUUUCGUGAGAGUGACUCAAGGCAAAUUUUCUCCAUUGUUUUUUUCACGAGAUUUCCGUGCAAUUGUGAGCGAACUGACCAAGUGAAUCGCAAGAGAUGCCGAAGAACAAGGGAAAAGGAGGCAAGAAUCGCCGUCGUGGAAAGAAUGAAAACGAAUCCGAGAAGCGAGAGUUGAUCUUCAAGGAGGACGAGCAGGAAUAUGCUCAGGUGACAAAGAUGUUGGGCAAUGGCAGGCUGGAGGCAAUGUGCUUCGAUGGCGUAAAGCGACUGUGUCACAUUCGUGGGAAAUUGCGGAAAAAGGUGUGGAUCAAUCAAGGCGAUAUCAUUCUUGUUGGCUUGAGAGACUAUCAGGAUUCCAAGGCGGACGUGAUCCUCAAGUACACACCGGACGAGGCCAGGAAUCUGAAGACCUAUGGCGAAUUCCCCGAAUCCGUGCGCAUCAAUGAUACAAUCACAUUCGUGGAGGAUGGCUUCGAUGAGGAUAUUGAAUUCGAUGAUUACAUCAGUUCCGAGGAGGAAGCAGACUCUGUCGAUGCCAUCUGAUUUCCCGCCAACUAAAUUCUGCUCGUAGGUAACUCAGAAUGGAAUGUGAGAGGAGAGGUAAAUAUAAAGCACAUUUGGAUCCACUAAUCCCAAAAAUUACUCGUUCUUCGUGCAAAAGAAGUGUAUGGACGUCCAGCUGGAUUUAUUGGAUGAACCCUGGCUGCUUGACUCCAGAAUAGAGAUGAUUUUUCUGUUGUCAUGACAAUGUGUCUCAUUCUGAAAAUAUGUAAAAAAAAACAAAAAAAUGCACCAAGUAUU